AUGGAUACUCUACCUGCAAAGUUGAUCCUCCAUAUCGCUGGCUUUCUCAAGGAUGAAGAGUCGCACGCUCUCCACGCCUUCAGCCAGGUUAGCUGGAGAAUGUACCAUUUGACCGCGCCGCUUCUCUACAACACCAUCUCGAUUCGAUUUGGUGAACCUUCUGAUCUCAAGGAAAUAGCCGAUGAAUGUUCUGAAAAUGGCCUUGGACGACCAUUUUUGGCCCAUGCUAUGAGACUGGAUAUUGUGGCCCUUCCGUGGCGAGCACACCUGACUGACGGCAAUCUACCACGUACUUCCGGAUCGUGGGAUAGAAGUAUCACCAUAGAGGAUUUCACUCCCGCCAGCGUUGGAUCUUUUAUGGAACCUCUUAUGUCUCAUCAUGGGCUCCCUGAAUAUAGACCCUUUCGGGGCGAGUGGCUGUAUUACCAUGAGGAGAACUGCCGACCACUGGUCUCUGUGGUCUCGCGGCUGAACAAGUUGAAAAGUAUGCACUAUGCCAUGGGCAACUCUUUCCCUCGGCACUUGCUUGACGCCGUGCACCAGUAUCAUCCAACCUGCGAAAUUCAUAUCUGGAGCCCCCAAACACCCCGCCUGGAUCCGGGAUAUAACACGGGCGUCCCGGCCUCAAUGCCUGACCGUCAAUUGGAUAUCGAAGUUCUUCGCUCCCCGUGUCUCCGCGCUAUUAAACUAGAUUUAUCGGAUCCCAUCCGCGAUAUUGACGGAGUCGUUCCAUACUUAACCCAGGCUCCAAAUCUGCAGCAUAUUUUCCUGAGUUCAAAUCGUGACCCUGGAGAAGAGGAUGUCCGGAAUAUUCCCGAGCGCACCGGUGAUUUGCCCCGGCUGCUGAGCUUGCAAUCAUUCUCCCUGAAAUGGUAUUUUGUAGAGAAUAUGGUUCUACCCCAGACGUCUCAACCCAUUGAAAUAUCUCUGCAUCGAGGGCCUGGAGGAUAUUUCAGUUCUUCACGGCAUUCUGGAGCGGCAUGGCCCAUUGAUGGUGACUAUGCGGAAGUUCUUACCUAUCGUGCGCUGGGUGGUUUUCCCAGACUUCAGAACCUAAUCCUAGACUUAUACGGCAACCCGCGACCCGUGCUGUCAGCUGAAGACGGGAUAUUCUCGGAUGAAAGCGGUAAUAUAGAUGAUCGUCUACUGCACGUCAGUCUCAAAGAUGCCUUCAUCAACUUCGCCACCGACCAAGCACUAGCCACCGCUAUUUGGACCGAGAUCUUUUCUCACCAGGCCUCCCGGAAGUUGAUUCGGCUGCGCGUUUCCCCGUCGGGAUUACAGAUGUUUCGUUGGGAGAUACAAAAUGUAAUGCUACACCUGGCCCGGUCGUUUCUCGUGACGCAUGGCGGAACCAAAGUGGCGGAGGUCGGAGGAGAGGAACAGGAAGCCAGAAUAAAGAAGUUCAGAGAAUAUUACCAGAUACGGCCUUCCGAGUUUUCCAGACAAAUCACUCGAUUGUUUCACUCGAUCUGGCCACUCACAUCCACCGACACAGACUGGACUACUUGUUGGAGGAGCUAUCCUUUGCAAACCAAUGUGGAUUAA